GUUUCUAUGGCAACGCUACCAGGACGUUGAAACUCAGCGGGGAGUAGAAACUUCAGCCCUGUUUCGGCGAUUAAACGGCGCUCGUCGCCCGUACGAAUUUGAACAUUUUAUUUUUGAAAGCGUCGUGUAAGAGCCGACGCUUGAGUUCGGCAUGUCUGGGUUAAUAAGAGACACUUCCGCGCCCAGUUCAUGGCCAGAGCACAGCGGAGCUGCAACAAGCCCAGUCCCAGCGGAGACGACGAUAGCGCCUUCUGCCGCCGACCAGCACAUCCCAGACGAACUGCUGAUCAGCCUCAGCUCCACUGUCUGCAGCAGCAGCAGCAGCACCGGGCCCGGUUCACAUCACCAGCACUGCAAGGGCUGUGGAGUGAGGCGGCCGGAUGCAGUCUGGCAUCGACCGUUUGGACGUAACAAAUACAGAUACUUUCUGGAGCAGCCAACGUCUGUAACAGGAGCUGGCAGAGAUAUUUCAUUUCUCUGUGAUGCUACGAUAACCCAGAGAAGGGCAGCAACCCUGCCACCGCUGACUGACAGGAGUCACCCUGGUGAUAAUCAGCUCUUGACUGUCUCAGAAAAUCUGAUCCCAGAAGACUAUCGCAUUGUGACGAACAAGGGGCUGCGGAGUCUGGAGUUUUAUGAGGACGCAUUUACUGUGCAGCUACAUGACGAUGAACACAACCUACGGCCCUUUCCAUCACUGAGGCCCAGUGGCAGAUUAGAGGCAGUCCAGCUGAUGAGGACGAUGGACAGCAUGCUGCAGGAGGCUGGCGUAGAUCAGCAGUGUGAGGAGCUGACAGAGCUCUCGCAGAUGGAAGGACUGCUGGAGCUGGUGCAGGUCGAGCAGAAGAUAUACAACAUCGUUUUCCAUGAGCUGAUCAGGCAGGUCAGUGUGGGCUGUGCUGAGAGGGGACAGCUCCUUGCCAAACUCAGGCAUCGCUACCAGUCAUUGCUGGAGCGAAUCCCCUGUCGUCUGAGGGGUCUACACACUGAGGUCGUUGCACAGCGUGCUCUGGACCGGCAGCUUACUGAAGAAAUUCACCGUGUGAAGACAUCCAUUCAGCAGCUCAGCAUAGAGAUGUCUAAGAUCACAGAGCACGAUGCAUUUGUUUUCCACCAGGCAGAACAUGCUCAUCAGCAGCUGGCCGAGGCACUCGAUCAGACUUUCACCAGCUUAGACGUGGUCCGGGGUUACCAUGACCUGUAUGAGCUGCAGAGGGGUCGCCUUGAGGCUCAGCUGCUUCAGGCUACUGAGGAGAGGGACUGCUGGAGCCAGGUCACCUUGCGCCUUGCCCUCAAGGUGAUUAGUGCAAAAAAGUUAAAGCUGGUCAGUCGACUGCACAUCUGUGAGCAGAGCUGGUUCAGGACAGCAGAACACUGCGUCCUUUACCUCACAAAAAAGGACACACAUGAUUUGAAUGUCAUCAUGAAGCUCACACACAACUGGACAAAUCAGCUGACUGCCUUUCUGUCCCAACUGAAGAAGAGCGAACAAACUCAGUGUGAACAGAUCAGCGCCGUUAAGCAAAGCAUCAUCAAGUGGCUGGUCUUCUGCACUGCUGAAAACAAGUGUGCCGAUGCAAAAUACGAGAAAACAAUCUUGGAAACAAUGCAUGAAGAUUUUAAGCAGUGGUUACAUAUUCUAGCCAUCCAGUGUGAGCGCUAUGAAGGCGAUAAUGUCCUUAGCUGCCAGCAAACUUUGGGUGAACUUACCAAUUUCCAGGAGAGGUGGUUCAAUAUGAGCGAUCAGCUGCUGAAAAGACACUUGUCUCCUGACGGCCAACUUCCUGGAGGCUACCAGGUCCUGAGCGAGCUGGAGAGGAUGCUACUUGAGCUCUUCAGAGAGCUGGGUGCCCAGGUCAGCGGAGAGAAUGGAAUCCACAAACAAAUCAUGUCACUGUACAGUCUUAUUGAGUCCUGGGUUCCUAAGCUGGAUGCAGUGAUCAGUCAGCAUGAAACAGUGUCUGUCCCUGAUUGGCUGAAGCUGGAGAAAGCGCUGAACACCUGCCAGAGUUUAGCAGAAGAAGUCUUUAACAUCUCCAGCCUGCAAACAGAUAAAGACACUGAGAAGAUGUUUGACAAAGUGCAGGAGUUCAGAACCAACCUGUCCAACUUUACUAAUGGUGAGAACCAGAGACUCAGUGAAGAAGUUGAUUUCAUUCACAUGGCUCAGACCCAUUGGAUGUUGGAUCUGUUACUCCUCAUGGUGCCUGAUCAUGGCGAGGAUCAAAACCAAAACCAGCAGGAUUCCUGCACUAAAAGCGUGUCUCUAGCAACGUUGGAUGAGAAUUACAAAAUGCUGGUUGAGAAACUGAACUAUUGUUCAAAGUACAUCAGCAGCUCUUAUCAGCUGAUUCUGGAUGAGCAGAUUUCUCAAAACCUGCAUCAAGAUGAGAAUGACAAUGAAAAGAAUGAAUGCACCAAGUUGCAGAUGGAGAGCAUGGAAUGGGUGGAGACCUGCAUGAUCCUCCUGUCAGAUCUGAAAGCUGGUCCUGAUGAGCUGCCCAUCAGGCGACCUGUCACUGUUUCCAGGAGUAACAUCCCAGUUGAUCCAGCGACCAAAUUGGAAACUCAAGAAAAAGUGGAGCCACUGGUUUGUGAAAAAGCAGUGGUGAAGCUGAUUGGCUAUGACGGAAACAUCACUGAGAGAAUCCUGGGAGAGAGUAAUGUCCAUCUGUGUGGGACCCAUGAGCUUGUUGUGACUCCAGUAACAGAUGAAGCUCAGAAAGCUUUUGGUGAACUGACCACAGUGGGGCAACUGCAGGAGGAGCUAUAUGAUUCAGAGCUGCGGGUCCAAACCGCUGAGCAGCGAGCCCUGAAAUCUGAGGAGGCCCUACAGGCCGCCUUUCAGAAAAUUCAGGACCUUGAGAGACAACUCCAGGGUCAUCCCAGUCUAGAGCCCCAGAACGUUGGAAAGACAACAGAAACACCAGCACCUCUCCCACCACCAGUGACUUUAUCUGGACCUCAGCCAGCACCUCCAAAGACAGCACCUAUGACAACCAGUCUAACAACUGGCACCAGAAAGUUUAAGAAACAUUAAUCAUCUCAGGAUUUUACAUGUAUUAUUGUUUGGGACUGUCUAAUAAAUGUUGGGAAAAUGUUACAAGUCUAUAAAUAA